AGAUACUUGCUCAUUUCUUGGAAAGUUUUCUUCAUGUGAAUUUAAUCGCUUUGUAACAGAUGUUGAACUUGUUCUGCUUGAUAUAUAAUCUUUCCAUAUUCCUUGGAAGUUUCGAAAAAUUCCAGAAUUUCAGUUGAAUAGUCUCGUGAAUAUCUAAAACGCAAAAAAGACUGAGGCGUUUUAAAUUUUUAAAUUCAGAUCAAAAAGUUUGGAUAAUAAAUGACAAAAAUGAGGAUUAUUUUGCAUUGCGUUUUCUUCGCGACACUAAGUGUCAUGAAUGUUGAAGGUAGUACUUCUCUGAAACGAAGGGUUGGGGUUUUGGAACAUAGGAUGAAUGUGGUAGAAGUGCACGUGAAUACUGACCUGGAACGAGAUAUUGAUGCGCUAAAUAAAUCGCUUGUUUAUACAAAGGAUCAAGUUUGUUCCAAUAAAAUUCAAAAAGGAGACAGACAGGAGGUGAAAUAUCACUCUGCUAAAACCACUGAAUCGCAAAGAUUUAGUAAAGCACGUGUAUCUGUAGAUUUUGCAAAUGAAAAGAAAUGGCUACGAAAGAAAAUGGAGAUAUUUGAUAACGUCAUACAGGAACAAGGGCAGAUGAUAAACAAAAGCAUUUCUGAAAUCAGAAGUGAUUUAAGAAGUCACGAACAAGCAGUACACGCAAAAGUUAAUGAUGGAUUGCAAACAAACUUUAAAAUGAUAAAUGCAAGUAUGAUCAAUAUUGAAAAAGACAUAGAAAGUAAUAUGUCAUCUCUCAGUUCAGAGAUUGUGGACAUUAAAGAAAAUGUGAGUGCCGAAAUCCAAGAGAUUUACACCAUUAUGUUACAAAAGUUAAGUGCUGAAAUCCAAGAGAAGGAGAAACUUAUAAAUGAACAAAGACUUGAAAUAAAUAAUCUUAAACAAAGUGUAGACCAAAUGAAUGGCUUUUUGUUACCAUGUCCCACAGGGUGGACUAAAUUCAAAUCAUAUUGUUACUUGUACGUUAAGGAUAGGCUGCCGUACUAUACAGCACGAGAGAGGUGUUCAUCACAAGGAGCAAGUGUAGCUGAUAUCCAGAGCAAGGAGGAGGCAGAUUUCAUCGUCAAAUUGUGUACAGACAGUGGACACACAUUUGAUGAGUGGCCGGGUCAGGUCUGGAUAGGAUUUACUGAUGAGGUAACAGAGAAUGUGUGGAUAUCUGAUAGGACGGGUAGACAGGCAACGUACACAAACUGGAGGUCUAAUCAACCGAAUGGAGGCACAGGCUACACUGUGUUUCAAUUGGCUAUAGCGGGAAUUUUGAUGAAUGGAAUUACGCGAGUUGUUUUUAUUUUAGACCAUUUGUUUGUAAAGCAGCUGCACGAAUUGGUUAAUAUUUACUUGACAUGUUAUUACUGUUGUUCCCGUUGGAUACUCAAUUAAACAACAAACGGAGUCUUAAACAUGCAGUAUUUUAACACAUGAACGAAAGUCAACAUUGUUGUCAUCUAUUGUCGACAGUGUAACAUGUACCUUGGUACCGUAUAAUGUAUUAUAUUUGCUAGUUUGUAAUAAGUUUUAAAUGAUGAAGUUAGUAACGGCACAUGUUUUCAAAUAUAUACAGAAGUAUUAUAAAAAAUUGUUUAGAAUGUAUAUUUCUUAACCGUUGGCACUUAAUAUCAUAGCUUCUGCUUGAAAUAUUCUUUAAAAUUUUAAAUACCUUUGUUGUUGUUUUUUGUUUGACGAAAAUAUUAUUUUAGGCCUUUACAUAGAGUGAAAAGGGUAUUUGUUAUAUUUUUCCACUCAAACGCACCAAAACUACGUUCAUGAGGCGUUUUGUGUCGAUAUUAAAACAAAGAUUCAUUUUUAGUCUGUCUUAAAGAUAGUGAACAUUGUUUUCGUUUCUGUUGAGAUCUGACUUUAAAAUUCUUAAUAAGACGAAGUCUACGGGUAGCCAUACUCUUCUGGCUGGAUUAUGAUUGCAAAGCGCUGUGCAAUAGUAAAUGUAACAUCACCCUCAUAAAUUUGUUUUCUUAUGAACAAUAGAGCUAUCAGUAAUUUUAUGCUGUUUUUUUUAACAAGCAUUAGUGUACCUUGUAAAUGUUGCAUAGGUCUGAUGUAUAUUUUUUAAGAGUUGUUUCAUCUUAUAAAUUAAUAGUUUUAUUUAUUGAUAAUUUGUUUUAUGUUCUAGUCUUUUGCAGCUUGUGAAUAUUAGCUCUGAUACAUAAUGUAAAAGAAGUCAAAUGCUGUGAUUUCUGUUUAGCUCUUUGCUAGUGAUACUGCAGUUAUUUAAUGAAAAAACUUCUCUGACAGUUACUUUUUGUUUGAAGAUUAAAAUAUAAUUUAUGUUUUGGUUUUGACUAGCAUUACAAUAGCUAUCGGAUGUAACACCAUUCGGACAGAUGUUUUCUCGUUGAAUAUGAGGUAGCAGGGUUUUGGCCCCCGCCAAUAUUUGUAAUAAUUAGAACUUCGUCAUUUUGGAUUUUUGGAUGUUUGAUAAUUAAAGUGAGAUAUAAUGAUUGUUAAUUCUUUAGAAAUUUAAACAGCUGAUACAUGUAAACUUCUGAUGUCAGUUGUAAAACUAACUGCUGCUAGCUUUGUAUGAAUCGAUGAGUCGCCUUGGCACGGGAAAUUCAAAUCAUAGAAGGGUUCCAAUCAUGUUGAUUGAUACUCAGGAACAUUUUUGCUAUUUUGCGAAAAAACGAGAUGGAUGGGCCCCCAUUCCAUUAAUAUUCUGUAGUUCAGUAGUGACUAUUAAAUUGAGAUAUACAACAAAAUUGGACAUUGUUCCUGCAACGGGAUCAUUGCAGACUAUUCAAAAAGUGCAAAAUUGAUGAUUUCAGCAUGUUAUUUUUAAUGGAUGGUGUAAAAUUUUCGAUUAGAUAACUUUCUGUAUUCUAGUAUGAGAGUCCUGAUCUUGUCAUUAAUUUAAAGCACAAAACAUGCACACAAUUUAUAAAAUGGCCACCGUGAUUCUGCUUAUUAGAGAAGUGCAAUAUUACAAUUCGCUACAUGUAAGCCUGGCCGUGCCCAAAUUUUCGAAUCAAAGUAUACCCUGCUACCUAAAGCUAUUUUACUGCGUUUUUCACUAGCAUUGCAACAGAUUUGAAUGUAACUUUACUCCGACAAUCGUUAUCGUUAUAGCACUUGGAAAUGUAUAUAUGAUUUAUGCUUUCUUUUUGUCUACAAUAACUUCAGUUAUUGAAUGUAACCACUCUGACAGUUUUUUUCUCAUGGAAAAUAAAGCCGUGAUUUAUGUUUUAUUUUAACUAGCAUCAAAAUAGUUUUGAAUUUAACAUCACUGUGACAAUUUUUAUUUCAUUGAAUAUAAAGCUAUGCUUUAGCUAUUGAAUGUAACCAGUCCGACAGUUGUUUUCUUAAAGAAAAUAAAGCCGUGAUUUAUGUUGUUUUUUUAACUAGCAUUAAAAUAGCUUUUUUGAAUGUAACAUCACUCCGACAAUUGUUAUUUCAUGGAAAAUAAAGCUAUACCUUAACUAUUGAAUGUAACCACUCCGACAGUUGUUUUCUCAUGGAAAAUAAAGCUGUGACUUAAUUAUUGAAUGUAACCACUCCGACAGUUGUUUUCUCAUAGAAAAUAAAGCUAUGCCUUAUCUAUUGAAUGUAACCACUCCGGCAGUUGUUUUCUCAUGGAAAAUAAAGCCGUGAUUUAUGUUGUUUUUUUUUUAACUAGCAUUAUAAUAGCUUUUUGAAUGUAACACCACUCCGACAGUUGUUUUCUCGUGGAAAAUAAAGCUUUGCCUUAACUAUUGAAUGUAAUCACUCCGACAGUUGUUUUAUCAUGGAAAAUAAAGCUAUGCCUUAACUAUUGAAUGUAACCACUCCGACAAUUGUUUUCUCAUGGAAAAUAAAGCUAUGCCUUAACUACUGAAUGUAACCACUCCGACAGUUGUUUUCUCAUGAAAAAUAAAGCUAUGCCCUUACUAUUGAAUGUAACCACUCCGACAGUUGUUUUCUCAUGGAAUAUAAAGCUAUGACUUAUGUUGUGUUUUUAACUAGUAUCACAUUAGCUUUUGAAUGCAACAUCACACUGAUAAUUGUUAUUUCGUGGAAAAUAAAGCUACGCUUUAGCUAUUGAGUGUAACCACUCUGACAAUUGUUUUCUUAAGGAAAAUAAAGCCGUUUCUUUUUUGCUUUGUUUGUAAGUGUUGUAAAUUUAGUAUAGCUCUGACAUAUAACAUGAAAAAAUUGUUUCUCUUUGUAUAAUAAAGAUUUUAUAUACAUAUA